UUGGCUAUUUUUUAUUCUUUUUAUUCUAUCUUAUUAACAUAUUAAUGUCAAAUAUGAGUCAUAAUACUCAUAUUGAAAUGACAGCUUUAUUUUUAAAUAAACGUUUUUGUUGAUUUUCUUUACAAUUGUAUAUAAAUUAUAUUCGUUUCAAAUUACUAUGAUAAAAAUAGCAGACUGUAAUCAUAUUCGCAUUAGAGAUGGCAAUGCUUAUGGUAUCGACAUUGAAAAAUUUGUACACUCUGUAGAAAAAGAAUUUAAAAUCGAUUUUAGGUCUUUACCACAAUGGAAAGAAAUAGUGAAACGUUUGCACGUGAUUACUACCGACUGCAAACGAAGAAUACAAGACUCCAAGUAUCGCAAAAUGAUUAUAAUCAAUAAACUUUAUAAUGAGUCUAUAAGAUUAUCUCCAUUCGAAUUAACAGAAAAUUUGGCAAGAACUUCGAAAAAGUGGCAAAUUAUGGAAAAUAAAAGAAACAAACUAAAGAAUAUACUAAAAUUAAAAACAGAUAUCAUAUCUAAUGUUCAAAAUUCUGAAUCUUCAUUGAACAUUUUCAAUCAAGAAAAAAGUGAAGGAGAACUCACUGCCCAUCCAAAUACAGAAAUAAUUCCCUCUGAAGAGAUUUUUGAAAUGCAAGUAAAAUCAAAACCAGAAAUGGAUGCAAAAAUAAGUACACCAACACAUUUACCAGUUAAUAUUUGUAUCAAUCAGCAUAAACUCGUUUCACCUCUUAUCUCUCCGUACAGUUACGUAAGUUACAAGACGAAUUCGAUCGUUGAAGAAGUCGAGAUGAAAACAAUCGGUAAAGUUGAUGAAAAAGAAUGGUUGUUAUUGAAUAAAACAUUGUCGAUAACUUCUUCCCCAAAGGAAAUUAUUAUCGAUGAUGAGUCAAUGCAAGAGCAAGUUAUUAAUUUCUCCGUAAUAAAUUUUUCUACAAAAUUCGUAUUUGUAAGAUUUAUUUGUGUGACGGAAAAAUCACCAUUUAAAUGGGCUAAAAUUUUACCAGUCACUCCCUUAAAAUUAUGCCCAGGAUUACGCAUUAAGUAUAAGUUCAUAUUUAAAUUAAUACAAAAUAUUAAGGAUUUUGUGUCGAGCUUAUAUUUCAGAAUAGGUCAUGAUAUCUUAACACAAGCACCACUUGAAGCUUUAUGUAUUCCUGUACGAAGUAGAUUUAAUGCAGCUAGAUUGAUAUCAGUUUCUAAAGUUGUAUCUAUACCUCCUGUUUAUCAAUGGCAUAUACAAAGGACUUGUGGAUUUCCUUCAGGAUGUAUCAAAAUAGCUGUUGAUAAAAAUAUUUAUAAUGUGCAUAUAAUAAAAAGAACAGUCGAUUUUGUUGUAGAAUCAAAAAAAGAUUUGUUAUCAUUACAAGUAGUGUGUUCCAAUACAGAAAGCUUGAAAGAAAUGAUAGAUGAUCCGGACGUUGAAACUCAAAGUAAACCAUUAACUCCUAAAGACAAUGUUUCUCCUGAUGUAGAAAUCGUAAACUCUAUAGAUGUAAUCAUAUUAGUGGUUCAUGAUAUUAUUGAAAUUGCAUUAGAACCCUUUAUGUUUGAACAUACGUAUUUAAAACUGCAACCUUAUUCAAAACAUAAUAUUCCAGUUUAUUUCACGAAAUCUGAACGUAUAGGCAGUCAUUACUGCUGUUAUGACUUAGAAUUUUUCGAUCCUAAUACAGAAGAAAUAAUAAUGACAAAACGAGUAAAAAUAUUCGCCGAAGUACUACCCAAUCCUAUAAAUAUAUAUCCCAAUAUACUCGAUAUGUCUGAAUCACCAAUACGCCAUGGGUUUUGCGAAGAUAGUUUUACUAUUACAAAUAGUCAUAAAGUAUAUCCAGUUACUGUAAAAAUUAUGUUAACGACCAAAAUGAAAAAGAUUUUACAUAUAAACCCUUUGGAAGUAUUAAUUCCUGCUACAUCGAGAGUAAAAUUUGAAGUUAAAUUUUGCUCCCCCAGACUUUUGGCGAAGAAACCUGAGGAAUUUGUACAUUUUACAUUCAAGAUUAUCAUUAAAGGAAAUCAAACUGUAUACCACCACGUACCACCUCUUUUCUAUGAAAUUAUAGCUCCAUGUGUACCAGAAUUCAAAAAAAUAUACAAUAAAAAAUAUUAUCCUUAGAUACUUGACAUUGAGCAAAAUAAAUUAUUUUAAA